CUCGCACGCCCGUCGCCAUCUCCCAAAUUCCUCAGCACCAGGGCCCUCCACUCCUCUGAUCCACACCGCCGCGUCCCGGUUGUCGGCCACCCGCCGACGAUCCCACCGCCGCCUCCAUGACUACCUCGAGACGUGUGGCUGAUCGGAAGAUUGCACGGUUUGAGAAGAAUAUCACCAAGAGGGGCUCUGUUCCUGAGACGGUCAAGAAAGGAAAUGAUUAUCCUGUUGCACCUAUUGUGCUCGGAUUUUUUGUCUUCGUUGUUGUUGGGUCAUCUCUCUUCCAGAUCAUCAGGACAGCAUCAAGCGGUGGCAUCUUCUGAGGAAAAUGGUCGUCCGCUUAUAGUUAUCAUGAACAGGGUUGUCAUAUGCAGUCGUUUACCAGUUCAAAGUCGGAACUGAACGAGAUAGCUGGUACUCUUAUGAUGUUGGUAUCUUAUACCAUUGUACUGGGUGGAGUUUAAGUUACAUGGAGGUCAUACCAUUGUACUGUUAAUCUGUGUUGCUCGGUUGGAAACAUUCCAUUUUAUACCCGGUUAUAAUUUACUUUA